UGAGAUAUGACUUUGAUACUCUGAACACACUUUGAUAAUCUGAUUACAAGAUUUUCCUGAACGAAGCUUCUUCUCUUAAUCCUGUAGUGACCAUGGCCGUUCUUAAAGUAAAAUUCACCAAAACCAAGCGAGACAAACUGGCUCAAAUCCUAUGGAUUCUCAACUGGUUUUCUGUGAUAUCUGGUGCAGUUGUGUUCAGCCUUGGACUCUUCCUAAAGAUUGAAAUAAGGAAACGCAAGGAAGUGAUAGCGAAAUGGGAUAUUAACUCUGUUCCAAAUACUUUAAUUUCUAUUGGAGCCAUUGUUUGCAUGAUCAACUUUUUUGGAGGUAAAAUAUGUUAUGACUGCACGGAUGCCAAUAAAUUUAACCGCUGGAAGCUGAUCAUGCUCCCUUAUAUGUAUGCACUCUGUUUUACCUUCUGCAUCUUUGUGGGUGCUAUUCUGUGCUAUACUAUGAGAAAUGAAUUAGAAGAAUCUCUAUCUGGGAUUGGGAAUGCUAUUAAAUUCUACAAAGAUACAGACAUUCCUGGAAGAUGCUUUUUGAAGAGAACUAUAGACACUUUACAGAUCAGAUUCCAGUGCUGUGGAAACAGGUUUAGGGAUUGGUUUGAAAUUCAGUGGGUAUCACCUCGUUAUCUGGAUAUGACUUCAGAGGAUGUUCUAGACCGCCUAAAAGGUAAUAUUGAUGGGAAAUUCUUGGUGGAUGGAGUUCCCUUCAGUUGUUGCAAUCCUAACUCCCCCCGGCCCUGUAUCCAGUACCAACUCAGAAACAACACUGCUCACUACCGUUAUGAUUUUAUGACAGAAGAACUUAACUGGAUGAAAGGAUGCAGGGAAGCCCUUCUGGAUUAUUACACUGACAUCAUGAGGUCCAUUGGCAUCACCACGUUUGUCGUUUGGGUGUUUGAGCUACUGGUCCUCAUUGGAGUUCGUUAUCUUCAAACAUCAAUGAGGAAUCUUCUUCUACAGGUGGAUCCACUCUGUGACUCUGAUGGCUGGUUAUUUGAAAACAGUUUUGUGGAAAUUGCCAUGUGGAACAUCACCAAAAUUAACCAUCUUGGCAAAGGGAACCAAGUAUCAAGUGCUUUGGAUAAUUCUAAUAUGUGUUUGCACUGCAAACCACAAUUCAGAAAAUACUACCCCCAAAUAUAUCCCUGCAGCUUAACUGAAUAUAAUACUAAAGAAGUGACAACUGCAUCACAAUGUAUAAAAACAUGGCUGCCAACGUAUCAAAGCAGAAAGAGGUAG